CCAUCAAUAAUUUAUAUUUGGUUUUGAUCAAAUAGUAGUAUUCGAUAAAUAAUAUAGAUACAAAUGGCAGACUAUCCAUUUUCGCAUCCCCAGCAAUCUAAUCUAUUUCACGGAUAUAGUGAUAUAUUUGUUCCAGUUUCUGUGGGACCAACAAACCAAGAUAAAAUGCCUGGAUCAAUUCCAAUGAGUGGUUAUAUUGGCGUUCCUGUCAAUCCAUUUCCCUAUAAUCCAGUAAACGAUCCCACCUAUCCAUGGGGUUAUGAUCAUCCUUUUCCGCAAGAACACGAUAUAAACCGACAAAGUCAGAACAUGAUGUCCACGCAGUACAUGAACUCCGACUAUUACCGCAUGUACUCCGUUCCACCAAUGCCUCACCCCCAAAACGGCGGUCUUCCUCCUCCCUACUCCCAAUCGACCAAUAGCCUGUCUCUUUCGGACCAAAACGACCCAAAUAAAUUCAUGAUGCCCCCAUUACCUUCCCCCGAUCUGCCUCCCUCCACUCUCUGGAACCCCGCCCUCACCACCCCGCCAAAUCCAUUUUCCCCCCAAAACUUCCGGAAUUUGCCGCCCAAAUCGAUCCUCAAAAAGCCAAUCAAAUCGCCCGACGCCAUUCAAUUCGCCUUCACCGACGAGGAGUUACACAUCAAACCGGGAGUUUCGUGACCAUUCCAGGGGAGUUUCAUUGUAGAAACGUGCUGCCGCCCGUUCUGCACGAACUUUUCCGCGGGGAUGUCGGGACCAAUGAGGCGCUGGAUUCCGCGGUGGAUAUGAUGAAACCCCCGCUGUUUCCCUCGCAAUUCAAGUCGUUUGAUGUGCGGAAUUCUGGACUUUUUUUGACAUGUAGUCCGAUGUGCUGCUUUUCAUUUUUUAUGGAUUACCGCGGGAGUACCUACAAGUGGGCGUGAAUCGCGGUUCUUAUGCGUAGUUGUUGGCUGCCCAGGAGUUGUAUAACCGCGGUUUUGUAUAUCAUAAAGAACGAAAAGAGUGGUUUAAACGCGAUUCAAAUAGUCGAAACAGUGGAAACAGUGGAAACAGUGGAAACAGUGGAAACAGUGGAACGGGGACGGUUUCUCUGAAGGAACGAUUUGACGUGGAAUCGUGGAAACUGGAGGCAUGGAAUGAUCCAAUCAAAGAAAGCGAGUUGCUGUCUGUGGAAGAAAUCGAGGAAGUGUUAAAGAAAACAGAGCAAUAAAAGAG